GACUUUGAAUACGGAGGCCGUGUUGACGAAUAUUACAAAAAAACAUUCAAUCUAAAAUAGUCUUUAGACAUAAUAAAAUAAGAGACAAUUGUCAAUAUCUUGGUAAUAUGGAAUCUCUGCCGAAAAGACCCGAUACUUGAAUUCAAUGAUAACACAUUUAAAUAUAUGAGGAAGGAAUACAAAUUUGAGAAGAACGAAGAUAUGAAUGCAGCAAUCGAUGCUUUCGAGGACUGGAUUGCCAAACAGAAUCAUUUUACUAAGAAAAAGUACCCUCGCGAUUAUUUGGAAAGGCUUAUAAUUCUCCAGAAAGGCUCAGUGGAGAGAGCCAAGACUCACAUGGAGAAACUGUGCACUCUGAGGACGUUGCUUCCACAAUUCUUCGAACAUUAUGACGUUAAGAAGGAUUGUAUCCCGUUUAUUAAUGGUGCUUAUACUCAUUCGUUUCUGCCCAAACUAACGUCCGACCACCACAGAGUAUACUUAGCAAAAAUGAACAAUGUCAAAAUGAGUUCAAGUUUGUUUAUGAAAAUGUACAUAAUGUGUAUAAUAAACGCUGAAUACAUAAAAGCACACGAUUAUAGCAAUGGAAUAAUUGAUAUUGUUGAUUUACGCGACAUAAAUGUUUUGGACAUAAUAAAGGAAAUAAAUCUAGUUGAGUUUCGACAACUGGUGACGAUAGCAAUGGACGGGUUUGGAUUCAGAGUAAAGGGAAUACACAUGCUGACGUCAUCAUCCACGAUCGACAUGCUAACGAAGAUCAUGAAGCAAAUGUUCAGCGCCAAGAUAGGCGAUCGGAUCUUCGUGCACAGAACCAUGGAGUCGUUGUGCGAGGUGGUGCCGAAAGACGUGUUGCCUGUCGAAUACGGAGGAACACAAGAGUCCUUGCAAGUUACACAUGAUAAAUGGAUCGAUGUUCUAUCUUCCAAAGAGUUUGUGGAGUUCAUACAAGUGAUGAAUCAAGGUCGAACUAACGAAUCACUCAGGCUGAACGACACAGUCAAAGAACAGUACAUGGGCAUCGCUGGAACAUUUAGAACUUUAAGCGUGGAUUAGUGUUUGUACUAAAUAAAAUGGGGUAGUUUUCUAUAUUUGAUUUAGUUUAUUAUUUUAUUUGUAACAGAGAAUAAUAUGACAAAUAAAUUCUUCAGCAUCAAAAUUAGAUGAAAAAUA